CCGCGCGGAGGGGAGGGGGCGGAGGCCCGGGCCUUCCCCCGCCGCCGCCGCCGCCGCCCCUCACGGCGGCCUCGGGCCGCGCCCGGACGGCGGCCCAGGUUUUACCAAGGGACAGUACAUCUAACACUUAACUCGGAUCAUCUCUUGUUCAUCAGCUUGAAAAUCAUAACAGCCCCCAAAACUGACAUUUGAUCUGAAAGAAAAAGCUGUGACAAAUGGACAAUAUGUCUAUUACUAACACACCAACAAGUAAUGAUGCUUGUCUGAGCAUUGUUCACAGCUUGAUGUGCCAUCGACAAGGUGGAGAGAGCGAAACUUUCGCAAAACGCGCAAUCGAGAGUUUAGUUAAAAAGCUAAAGGAGAAAAAGGAUGAAUUGGAUUCUUUGAUUACAGCUAUAACCACAAACGGAGCUCACCCUAGCAAGUGUGUUACAAUCCAGAGAACGCUGGAUGGGAGGCUGCAGGUGGCUGGCCGCAAGGGAUUCCCUCAUGUGAUUUACGCCCGGCUUUGGAGGUGGCCUGAUCUUCAUAAAAAUGAACUCAAGCAUGUUAAAUAUUGUCAGUAUGCUUUUGACUUGAAGUGUGACAGUGUCUGUGUAAACCCUUACCAUUAUGAGCGUGUCGUGUCGCCUGGCAUCGAUCUCUCGGGACUGACGCUGCAGAGCUCAGCUCCCUCCAGCACGCUGGUGAAGGACGAGUACGUGCACGACUACGAGGGGCAGCCGUCGCUGUCGUCGGCCGAGGGCCACUCGGUGCAGACCAUCCAGCACCCGCCCAGCAACCGGGCGUCCUCGGAGCCCUUCAGCGCCCCGGCCAUGCUGGCCCCCGCCGAGGCCAGCACCACCAGCACCACCAACUUCCCCAACAUUCCCGUGGCCUCCACAAGUCAACCUCCCAGUAUAUUGACAGGUAGCCAUAGUGAUGGACUCUUACAGAUUGCUUCAGGGCCCCAGCCAGGCGCUCAGCAGAUUGGGUUCACAGCCCAGCCAGCCACUUACCACCACAACAGUACCACCAGCUGGACGGGGAGCCGGACGGCCGCCUACACGCCCAGCAUCCCGCACCACCAGAACGGCCACCUGCAGCACCACCCGCCCAUGCACCCCGGACACUACUGGCCAGUUCACAAUGAACUCGCAUUCCAGCCUCCUAUAUCCAAUCAUCCUGCUCCAGAGUACUGGUGCUCCAUCGCCUACUUUGAGAUGGACGUGCAGGUCGGGGAGACGUUCAAGGUCCCCUCCAGCUGCCCCAUUGUCACCGUGGAUGGGUACGUGGAUCCCUCCGGAGGGGACCGCUUCUGCCUGGGCCAGCUGUCCAACGUGCACAGAACAGAAGCCAUCGAGAGAGUGAGGUUGCACAUAGGCAAGGGGGUGCAGCUGGAGUGCAAGGGCGAGGGCGACAUGUGGGUGUGCUGCCUGAGCGACCACGCCGUGUUCGUGCAGAGCUACUACCUGGACAGGGAGGCGGGGCGCGCCCCGGGGGAUGCUGUCCACAAGAUCUACCCCAGCGCGUACAUCAAGGUGUUCGACCUGCGCCAGUGCCACCGCCAGAUGCAGCAGCAGGCGGCCACCGCCCGCGCCGCCGCCGCCGCCCAGGCCGCCGCCGUGGCCGGCAACAUCCCCGGGCCGGGCUCCGUGGGAGGCAUCGCCCCGGCCAUCAGUCUGUCGGCCGCGGCCGGGAUCGGCGUGGACGACCUGCGGCGCCUGUGCAUCCUGCGGAUGAGCUUCGUCAAGGGCUGGGGCCCCGACUACCCGCGGCAGAGCAUCAAGGAGACGCCGUGCUGGAUCGAGAUCCACCUGCACCGCGCGCUGCAGCUGCUGGACGAGGUGCUGCACACCAUGCCCAUCGCCGACCCCCAGCCCCUGGACUGAGCCUGCCGCCGCCGCCGCGGCGCCGGGCCCCGCCGUCCUGAGGAGGCCGCCUUGUAAAAUACGGUUCUGUUUAUAACCCGAAGAUAUAUUUUACUUUCCUUCUGCUUAACCUUCUAAAAACAGGUUUUAAAAAUGUGUUUGCCGCCUUGCUCUUAGCAGAAAGCGUCCGAAACGCGCAGGAUUUGGAUUUCAGUUAUUUCCAGAAUUCAGUAGUCGUAAUACAGGGCCUGAAGUGGAAGGUAAACGCUUUAUAGAGACUUCACAGGAUUGGGUUUGUUUCCUUUGAAAUUCUCCUUCCCUAUCGUGGCAUCUUGGUGAUCAGCCUCACGGGAGCCUUUUGUAUGCAGAAUAUAUAUUAUAUAUAUAUUUAUAUCUGAAAAUUCCUUCUAGUAGUUAAAAAAAAACAUUUACCUUGUAGCGACUUUAAAGUUCCAGCUGAUUUGUGAUGUUCUGUUUAGGGAACAGUAGUUAACAGAAGAGUUCUUUAUUUUGUUGUUGAUCACGUUACGAUUUUUCCAGGUUAAAGCCUAGCAGCUGCCAAAAAGUGAGGGGAUGACACAUACGUUGUUGGCAUUGAGCAAAAAAUUCUUUAGUUUAAAAAAAAAAAAAAAAAAAAAAAAAAGAAAGAAAAA